AUGGCAAAUCAACAUCCUUUACAACUACCACAACUACUACAACCACAACUACAACAACCACAACCACCACAACCACUACAACCACAACCACAACCACAACCACUACAACCACAACCACAACCACAACCACAACCACAACCACUACAACCACAACCACAACCACUACAAGUACAUCAACCUCUACAACCUCAACGUCCACAACUUCGACUUCAACAACAACAUCCACUACAUCAAAAACAACAACAACUUCGACAACAUCAACCUCUACAACAACAUCAACAACCUCAACUUCAACAACAACAUCAACAACAACCUCCACUACAUCAAAAACAACAACUUCAACUACAACAACAACAACAACAUCAACAACAACAUCAACAACAACAACAUCAACAACAAGUUCGACUACAUCAAAAACAACGACAACUUCGACUACAUCAACAUCAACAUCAACAUCAACAACAACAUCGUCUACAACGACAACCGUAG